AAUAUACACAAGUUGUUUAUAAACCUUUGUACUGUACCAAUAUGUGAAAUCCAAAUGGCUCUAUUCCCAAUUUUCAAAGAAUAUUGACAAUAAAAUAUGUUGCAAUUUAAUACUUGAAUGCAUAAAGAAUAAUGUCAAAUGCAAUAAGUGGAAAAAACUUGUUAAGACCUACCGGAUUGCAAUGUAAAAAUCUCCAGGAGUAUUUAAAAUCACGUCCUCCAGAAAUACUAAAUAAAUUGUAUCACAAUCCUCCAAUUUGCCUGGCAGUGUUCCGUGAAUUACCUGUAAUAGCAAAACACUAUGUCAUGCGAUUAUUAUUUGUUGAACAACCAGUGCCUCAAGCAGUUAUUGCUUCUUGGUGUUCUAAGCUACAUUUUGAGGAACAUUUGAAGGUAGUUUCAAUUUUGAAUGAAUUAAAUGUAUGGAAAGAAGCAUCCAUACCAGGUGGACUACCUGGUUGGAUUUUAAAUACUACGUUUAAAAAGAAUUUAAAGAUUGUUCUGUUGGGAGGUGGAAAGCCAUGGACAAUGUCUAAUCAAUUGGAAACUGAUAGUAAACCUAGAGAUGUUGCUUUUUUAGAUUCUUAUGCUUUAGAGAGGUGGGAAUGUGUUUUACAUUAUAUGGUUGGGUCACAACAGCAAGAAGGUAUAUCUGCUGAUGCUGUUAGAAUUCUUUUACAUGCUGGAUUGAUGAAAAGAGACGAAGCUGAUGGAAGUCCAGUUAUUACACAAGCAGGUUUCCAAUUUCUAUUAUUGGAAACUGCAUCACAGGUGUGGUAUUUUAUUUUACAAUACUUGGAUACAAUAGAAGCUAGAGGACUUGAUUUAGUUGAGUGCCUUACUUUCCUCUUCCAACUGAAUUUUUCAACCCUUGGUAAAGACUAUAGUACAGAAGGAAUGUCCGAAGGUCUUUUAACAUUUUUACAACAUUUAAGGGAAUUUGGUCUUGUUUAUCAACGAAAACGAAAGGCUGGAAGAUUUUACCCUACAAGACUGGCACUGAAUAUCGCAACCGGACAAAACAAACCGCUAUCUAGAGACCCGGACAAAGAGGGCUAUAUUGUUGUUGAAACAAAUUACAGAGUGUAUGCCUAUACAAACUCUAAUUUACAAGUUGCCUUACUUGGUCUCUUCUGUGAAAUGCUAUACAGAUUUCCAAAUUUAGUUGUGUCAAUAUUAACAAGAGACUCGGUGCGUCAGGCGUUAAAGAGUGGUAUUACUGCAACACAAAUUGUAGGUUAUUUGCAGCAACAUGCUCAUAGUAAAAUGAUAGAAGCCGGUCCUCCAGUUUUGCCGCCCACUGUAGUAGAUCAAAUUAAAUUGUGGGAAAAUGAAAGGAACAGAUUUGUAUUCAGUGAAGGAGUUCUGUAUAGUCAGUUUUUGUCCCAGACAGACUUUGAAGUGUUGAGGGACCAUGCUCUUUCUACUGGAGUACUUAUCUGGCAAAGUGAAAGGAAAAGGACUAUGGUAGUCACAAAGGCGGGUCACGAUGAUGUGAAAAAAUUUUGGAAAAGAUAUUCCAAGGGUUCCAGUUAGUACAAGAAUAUUUAGAAUUUCAUUUCCAUAUUUGUAAGAUAUGUAACUUAUUAAGU